AUGACCGAGGUGCUGUGGUUGGCAGUCCCCAACGGGACGGACUCUGCCUUCCUGGCCGGCCCGGGCUCGCCAUGGGGGAACAGCACGGUCGCCUCCACCGCCGCCGUCGCCGCCUCGUUUAAAUGCGCCCUGACCAAGACGGGCUUCCAGUUCUACUACCUGCCGGCUGUGUAUAUCCUGGUGUUCAUCAUCGGCUUCCUGGGCAACAGCGUGGCCAUCUGGAUGUUCGUCUUCCAUAUGAAACCGUGGAGCGGCAUCUCCGUGUACAUGUUCAACUUGGCUCUGGCCGACUUCUUGUACGUGCUGACUCUGCCAGCCCUCAUCUUUUACUACUUCAAUAAGACGGACUGGAUCUUUGGGGAUGCCAUGUGCAAACUGCAGAGAUUCAUCUUCCACGUGAACCUCUACGGCAGCAUCUUAUUCCUGACGUGCAUCAGCGCGCACCGGUACAGCGGCGUGGUGUACCCGCUCAAGUCUCUGGGCCGGCUCAAGAAGAAGAACGCGGUGUAUAUCAGCGUGCUGGUGUGGCUCAUCGUGGUGGUGGCGAUCUCCCCUAUUCUCUUCUAUUCGGGCACCGGGGUCCGGAAAAACAGGACCGUCACCUGCUAUGACACCACCUCAGACGAGUACCUGCGAAGUUAUUUCAUCUACAGUAUGUGCACGACUGUGGCCAUGUUCUGUGUCCCCUUGGUGCUGAUUCUGGGCUGUUAUGGAUUAAUUGUGAGAGCUUUGAUUUACAACGACCUGGACAACUCGCCUCUAAGGAGGAAAUCGAUUUACCUGGUGAUUAUUGUACUGACCGUUUUUGCUGUGUCUUACAUCCCUUUCCAUGUGAUGAAAACAAUGAACUUGAGGGCCCGGCUGGAUUUUCAGACCCCAGCAAUGUGUGCGUUCAAUGACAGAGUUUAUGCCACUUAUCAGGUGACAAGAGGUCUAGCAAGUCUCAACAGUUGUGUGGAUCCCAUUCUCUAUUUCUUGGCGGGAGAUACUUUCAGAAGGAGACUCUCCCGGGCGACCAGGAAAGCGUCCAGAAGAAGUGAGGCAAAUUUGCAAUCCAAGAGUGAAGACAUGACCCUCAAUAUUUUAUCCGAGUUCAAGCAGAAUGGAGAUACAAGCUUGUGAGGGCACAGGAAUCCCCAAAUAU